GCUCUCCCGUUGGCGGUAGGUUUCUCGGGCGUGGUAGACUGCAGAGGGGCGUAUUCUGACCGUGAUUGCCAAGAUGAUGGGAGCAUGGCCAUUGUGACUUCGACUGCCCAAGGCGGAGGCUCUGUCACUCUAGUUCCCUCGACGCUCGAUUCUUAUCUCUACGAAACGCUCGAAUGCAUGGCGGCAAAGACAGAGGGCUAUAGCGCCAUUUCCUUCACCCUACAGGGCCCUGCGAACGGAUCAUUUGCGCUUGAAUUGCAGACGAAGGCGGCCUGUACGGACGAAACCUUCCAGAGCUCUUACAGCGUCGUCCAGGGGAUCUCGGGUAUACUGCAGGAAUUUACCCUACCCCUGGAUUCAUUCGAGGGGGAGGGGAACGGAGACGCUAUCGUCGCCUUCGUCUGGUCGCAGUUCGCUUCAGAUGCGGUUUCUGCGUGGACCAUUGGAGACAUUGAGCUUGUUUGCGAUGCCAUCGCCCAGCCUAGUGUUACAGCGAGCCCCCCGGCAUCGACGCCGAUUUCGCAACCCGCGUCGCAACCGACGACACCAUCGGGCGAAUGCCAGAAUCUUCUCAUUGAUGAUUGGAUCUCGCAGUCCCGCUUGACCUUCCUCAACUACAACGCGAUGCAGGAGGCCAGCAGCGACGAUAACAGCAUGCAAUCCAUCGUUGUAGAUAGCAACCGCGUCAUGCUUACCCCCAAGGACACCGAUUCCUACUUUUACAGCCAGUUCGGCUGUCUCGAUGUCGACACGACCUAUGGAGGCAUCUCCUUCCGGAUCAGAGCUGCCGCUGCUACUUCUUUUACAGUGACGCUGACCUCGGUUGACGAGUGCGGGGGCAACGUCAGUGGACAGACGACACGAACUACGGCCCAACUCAGCUGGGCCUUUGACGGAACAGAACGGCUAUACUGGUUCCCCUUCUCGGCGUUCCCGCGGGUUGACACUACGAAGCUCCAGAUGAUCUACUUCUCCACCUUCAACAAGCCCGCCAUUUUUGGGCCAAUGUCGUUCUACUGUGGCACCACCGCCUCGGAUUACGUUCUCCCUGCACCUCCGCCCGAGUCCACGGCCGUGGUUACGGUCAGAGCGCCUUCCUCAACAGCCACACAAUUUCUUGUGGACGGUUUUGGGAAUGUGGACUCCAACGCUCUCGGACAGUGGCAUGGGCCAGACGACGGCAUGGUCGUGACCUUCGGGAAGAACAGCAUGACGAUCCGGACGAAUGAUUCCGACCUGGGCUGGAAUACCCAGCUGGGCGAGGGGUGCGUUGACUUCCACACGUGGGAGAACUCUUACCUCCAUGUGAGCUACACCGGCAGCAACAAGUUCUCAAUUGCUCUUCAGCAGCACAACGAGCAGUGCAACGAUGACAUUGCGCCUUUCCCGGAGACAUGGGACUCUAUCGAGGCGGCCCGAUACGCGACUGAUACCGACAUCUACGUCCCGAUAUCCCACUUCAACGUCAACCUCACGCGCGUUGUCGGUUUCGCCUUCAAGGGCUUCUACACCACACAGCCAACGACCUUCACCAAGGUCGAAGUCGUCGACUCGAUCCCCUCCGACGCUAAGAUCCCCAACAAGCUGCCAUCCGGGAACCUGGUCUUCGCCUGCAAGCGGCCCAACUCGUUUGCCUUCGCCAUUGACGACGGCGAGCCCGAGCUGGCGCAGGAGGUGAUGGAGAUCGUCAAGAGCGAGAACAUCACCGUGACCUUCUUCACCGUCGGCCUGCCGCUGCUGGACCCGACGACGAACCUGUCCAACGUGUACCUGGACAUGCAGAGGCGCGGCCACCAGAUCGCCAUGCACAGCUACACGCACCCCAAGAUGGAGGGCCUCCCCGACACGGCGUCCAUCGACUGGGAGUACAACAACGACAUCGGCGCCGUCAAGCAGGUCUUCAACGGCAUGCACACGCCCUACUUCCGGCCGCCAUUCGGCACCGAGGGCGCACGUAUGCGCCAGCGCCUCGUCGCCGCCCUCGGCGUAGACGACCCCUACAUCAUCCAGUGGAGCAUCGACGUCGAGGACUGGCUGUGGGCCGAGACGGCCACGCCCCAGAAGCAGCUGGACGCCUUCAAGCGCGACCUGGCCAAGGGCGGAAAUCUGGUCGUCAUGCACUACCUGUACCCGACCACCGUCGCCUACCUGCGCCAGUUCAUCCAGCUGGCCAAGGCGACGGGCAAGGAUCUGAUGAGGGUCGACCAGUGCAUGAUGGACCCGAACGCACCUCCUUUGUAGGCAGUGAGGGGUGGGGGGUGGGCAAUCAAUCGUCGGCGGGACGGCGUGUGCGUGUGUGUGCGCGUGCACUUUGUGUGUGCACUGGACUGAUUGAUUAUUGCGGACCUUCUACUCAAGGAAGUCGAGGCUGCGGCUUGCGUCAAAAAUAAAAAUUUCUCUUAUGUUACGAAAUUAUAAUCAACCCUAAAAGGCCGCCUAGUUCGAGAAUAUCUGGAUGAAUUUCCCCGCCUAUCCUUUCCCUCCGAUGUAAGCAUCCCCGGCCACUUUGGAUCUAGAGAAGAUAUCGCAACCCCGUCACAACAGUUCCACCGCGCCUUCUAUGCAUUGCAAGUUAUCACCACUUCAUGGUCACGCUAUACACUUUACCAUGGCUAGCUAGCAUUGGAUG